CGUCGCUCGCAUCAGCACGCAAGGCGCCGCCAGAAGCCAAAAUGCUGUCCCUCCUCCUCGCGCUGCUCGCAGAAGGCCCCUCAUGAAGCACAAGCGUCUGUAUGGAUGAGUUUGUUUCUUGGUGAACGAACAAGCUCCGUGGCCGCCCUGGAAGUGGAGCCCCUGGCCAUUGUGGACAAUCUGCGCUAUAUCUCCUUCGGCCUCGGUCCUUCCGAGAACAAGAGCGUCCUCCUGUGCGCCUACACGCUGGAUGAGGGCCAGGCGGUGUCCGGGGUCCUCUGGGAGAUCCUGAAGGAGGAAGUGGCGGCCGGAACCUUCGAGUGGAAGCCCAACGCCCCUGCGACUGCCACAGGUCUCCUGAAGGACAAGGUGAACCUCGAGCGCGAUGACAGCGACCUGGAACUGACCGCGCUGACCUAUGACCUGAGCGCCAACUACAGCUGCACCGUCACUGCCGACGACGGCACCACGGCGAGUGCCAAGGAUGAAAUACUGAUCAUAGACACCACCAGCAACCACAUCUACGAAGAAUUCAGCCCGACGGAGGCGAACUGCAGCAUCCGCGUCUCCGUCAGGUAUUUCCCCGUGUUCCCGGCGCCGACCGUCGCCGCCGGCCUGUACUCGGAGAGCCUCGGCGAGUACGUCAAGGAGGUCGACCCCUGGAUCGCCAUCCGCCAUCCCAACGGCUCCGUGGGUUACUCCUUCCAGGAUUACGACAUCAAGGUCGACGCGGGCGCCACCGAUGACACCAACUUCCGCUGUGAACUGGGCGUCAGGAAGGCCAAUGGGACAGUGAUAGGCCUGUCAAAGAUGACGUCCCAUUUCUAUUUCAAGCACAGCUGUAAGGUUCUCCCGGUUGGAGAAAACCAGACAGUGAGCUACAACACCGACGGUAGAACCUGCUACGGAGAACCAUACGCACCAGGAACAACAGAGGCGAGGGUGGCGUGCGCGGAGGGCUUCGUCAGCAGCGGGAACGUGACGUCCGUGACGCUGGUCUGCGAGUCGGUCAACGCCACGGUUCAUCGCUGGAUCCCCGGGGACGAAGGCCUUCUGCCGGAGGACCUCCUCUGCGAACCGACUCCAGCCGAUGGGGCGGCCAUGAGAGUCGCCAGCUGUUACGCCCUGCUGACGGCGACGCUGCUGCUCUGCCUCCACGGCCGCUGACUUCUGACAGCCGCGGCGGAGGUAGCCGACUGUCAGUCAUUCCAUUGGUCAAGAUGACUCGUGGAGACUCAAGAAACACCUCUAGAUAUUGUUGAUUCUUGUGAUAAUUAAAUGUCGGUUUGUGUUCCCAGUAAUUCCCUGCGCUGGUUUACGAUUCAGUUCAGAGCUUAGAAUAAAGGUGAUUUAAGGUGGUUGAUCUUGCAGUAUCAUUCAACAAUACUUUUUGACAUUAUUCGUAAAAUUGUGUGAGUGUGUUCUUCAUGUAUACAUAUUUCCCGUGCGAUUCCUGAGUCCGAAUGUCGUCAGGCUGACUCUGGGCGUUGCGGUUCCGGUUGUGGAAGCCUAUCGAAGGAGAGCAAAGCUAAGGACACUGUUCUUCUCCGUCCUUGGAUCCCUGGACAGCCUCGCUGAAGUCAGGUCAGCUGACCAAUCAAAAGCCGUAGCUGACCAGACCGGCGAGGCUGUCUAGGGAUCCCAGGACGGAAAAGAGUAGUGUUGCCUUAGUUUAAGGAAUCAGCAGAAAAACUGUGACACCAUCUGCUCCUUUAGAAUAGCUCGUUUCAGAUGUGUAUUCUUACUUGUGUAUAUCUUGCGUCUAUUACUACAAUAGAAAAAGUAUAUUUACAUCUGUGUAUCUAAAAUGAGAGAUUAAAAAGUAAGGGAAUGAU